CUCUCUCUUUCUCCCCAUCACGCUGCAGGGUCUGUCUCCCUUUUUUCCCUUGCUCUCCCUCUCUUCUCCGCGCGCUCUCUCUCUUCUGCGAUCUCUCCCAUUGCACGUUGCUCUCUUCUUCUUCUUUUUUUUUUUUCUUCUUCUUCUUCUCUUCCCCCGUGCUAGACGCCAACCCAUCUCUUCUUCAUCCUCCACACAGAUAAACCCUAAAUCUAAUUUCUUAUCUUCAGAUUCUUCUUGUUAAUUUAUGUUAUUCUUGUUAUUUUCUAUUUUGAAGAAGGAUGAAACCCUCCUCAUGAGUUGCGGCCAAAUAGAGGAUGAUAUGGCCAUCCUUUUCUUCACCAAGAGAGGAGUAACUCUCUUUUCUUUUCUCUUUUGGCUAUAGACUUAGUUAUCUAUUUGUUCUUUUUCUCUUCUUCUCAAAGAUGGACCAAGCCCUAUCUCCCUCUUAAUCCCUCUACAUCUUUAUGUUCUUCUUUAAUCCAUCCUUAUGUCCUUCUUGUGCUUUGAUUAGUCUUAAUCAAAGAUUAAUCUUGACUUUAUUUAUUUUCUUAGUUUUCUAACUUAAGUUAGAUUUAGUUUAGGUGGGCAGCAUCUUGAGGUCGGAGAAGAUCGGUGUGGAGUCUCCUCUCGGCUUGCUAUUUGAGCUCAAGUUGGCACAUUGGGUGAAUUUUUGCUAGCUAUUAAAGGGAGCUGUCUCCAUAACUUUGCUGUAGGAUCAUCACCCUUGGACGAGGGAAGCAUGGACUUUGAACAUGAGCUGCCUUUUGAAGCUGGUCAAGAGGCUGAGUCAAAAUGCUUUAUAGAAGGUUUUCGAGGCGCAUGGUUUCGGUGUAAGAUUACGAAAAUCGGCUCUCGGAAAGGACAUAUUGGGUAUUACUUGGAGUUCUUUGACUUUCCAGAUGAAAGGAUUACUUGGACUAGACUGUAUCAGAAGUCCCCACAACCCAUUAAAUCAGGUGGAGAGAGCAAAAUGGAGCUUAUGGUGCGCCCUACCUUUCCUCCCAUCUAUAGAGAAAAUCAACUGCCUGAUUCUAAUCUGAAAGCUGAUGUGGUAGCAAUUGUCAAUGACACUUGGAAAGUUGGUGAUUUGGUAGAUUGGUGGUAUGAUUCCUGUUACUGGUCUGGAAGAAUAACCCAAUUACUUGGGGAUGACAAAGUCCUGGUAGAGCUGCUAGAACCCCCACUCGGUGAAGGGAGGUCGUAUGUUUCUUCCUGUAAGGACUUGCGUCCAUCUCUAGACUGGUCUCCAGAAAAUGGGUGGAUGGUACCCAUAUCAAGGAACUAUGGUGAUUCUCAUUAUUCCGCUCGUUUAGUUCGCCCACAUAAUGAAGGUGUGGAAAGAAUUGUAACUAGCGUGGACUUGAAGAGAGAAGAAAAACCUGACUUUCUGAAUAAGGAAUCCAUUUUGAAUAACGAGAUGAAAGAUGUGCCACAGGAAUUGAUAAAAACAUCAUCCAGGAAAGACUGCAUGAGUUCUUCUGAUUCUGAGAAGAUUCAAAUUAGUGAAGGCAACUGUGUGACUUCAUCAAAAGAUGCAUCAGAUGCACUGUUGAAGACAUCAUCCAGGAAAGAUCAACUUAAUUCUUUAGAUUCUGUUGGGAAGAUAUGGAUCAGUGAAAGCAACUACGUGACUUCUAGAAGGCAUCCUGAUACUAUAGAAUCAUCUAUCAUAGAACUGGAGGAAGUUGCAAACAAAAUCAAAUGGCUUAAGGGAUUUUUACGAUAUGGGUUUCGAUGGUCAAAUAAAAUGAAACCUUCAUGGAGGUUUGUGGAGAAGUGAUGACCACUUAAACAGAGAUGACUUUAUAUACAUCAGGUUUUUGGGAUCUCAUUGUUGAUACCACUUAAUCACUGAUCAGCAUUUUGUUGGAGCUGAAUGGGUGGUCAGAAGACAUGCACAACAAACCAUAAGAAUGGGAUUACUUCCAUCUUGCAGGUAGAGAAAUCAGGCUCAUAGGACAAGAAUGGUUGAACAUGAUCGAGGGAAUCCUUGAAAGAGUAUCAGAUACAGAUCAAUAAAAUAAAAUUUCUGGCAGGUGGCCUUGCCCAACUUGCUAGGGAAGAUGGCAAUGCAAUGGAUUGGAACUCCCCUUGAGAUCAUCUUAUAAUUGACCAGUUGUUGUAUCAACUUGAUUCAGAUGAAUGGAAUUAAGUUACUCAUAUUCCACUAUGAAUAAAGUUCACUUGCUUUCAUCAUCGCAUGUAUCUAGUUUUGACCGAUGACUUGUAUGGUUGACUAGUUUAUAAUUGUUUGGUCCAUUUUAUUUGGAACAUCAACCUAAUGUAGGGUAGAUUAGAAAUUUCUUGAGCCACUAAUUACCAUGGGUUAAUGUGAAGAAAACCUUAAAUGAUGCCCCCAAUAUGGGCCAUAUAUGUGAGAUCUAUAACAUGCUAAAAUGGCAAAUGCCAUCCUAUGUCAUGCAAUGUGAUCACAUGGAGUAAUGAGCUACUUCAUGAAACAAGAUCACAGUGGAGCACCUUGGAGACAAUCCACCCGCAUGUGUGGUAUAUGUGGUCAUGAUCAAGCUGAACAUCAAUUGUUUUUAUCCAAGUGAGAUUUACCAUAUAUGAAGUUUCAGCAAUGCAUGAUAUUAUAAUAAUUCAUUUGCAAUUUUUGUCAUUUGUUCUGAAAUGUUUGUUGUGCAACAAAACAAAAAUUCAGGUGAUUUCCUUCUUUUGCAGCAUACUAAAAGCCACCAGCAAACCCAACAUGGUGAGUUUUUCUGGCAUUAUUGGUUACAUGGUCUAUAAAUCAUGCAAUUCUGAUAGGACAAGAUUUGAGAUAUGUUUCUCAUAUUGUGGGAGGCUGUAUAUAAGUCAAAGUUGAUGGAGACUGGAAGGUGGAGACUUGUUAAUACGAUUCAACAGAAACAUGGCCCUAGAAUAUUCGUAUGUCGCUUGGACUCUCCUGAUGGUUUUCUUCUCUGCAGAGGAAUCAUUCUGUAUUGGCAUCUGAUGCUCACUUUUAUGGUGUAUCUGCAAUAUAUGUGCUGUAAUUGUUUCAGAAUGUCAUAAACGAUGCACUCUGGGAUAUCAGCCAGUACAAUUUAACCCAUUUGCAUUUUUACCAUUUUGUUGUUCUUCUUCUUGUAUUUUGAUGGGAGGAUUUGAAGCGAUGUGUUUCAUUGGGCAAUCAAUAUUUUCUUGAUAUCCA